GAUCACACCCAACCUUAUGGCAAAAACUCCUUCCUCCCUUCUCUUAUGUUUCUGCUGCUAUUUGCAACCUUGAGGGCUACUUUGUCUGCCAACAUCACCACCGAUGAAUCCGCUCUUUUAGCCUUAAAAUCCCAUAUAACUCAUGAUCCAGACAACCUCCUCGCAACCAAUUGGUCCACUUCUAUCUCUGUGUGCAAUUGGAUUGGUGUCACCUGUGGAUCCAGACACCAUAGAGUCAUCGUUCUGAAUUUGCCAAGUAUGGAUCUCAAAGGCACCAUCCCAUCUCUAUUGGGAAAUUUGUCUUUCCUUGCUUGGCUCGAUAUUAGCCACAAUAGUUUCCAUGGCUCUUUACCCAUCGAGUUAGCCAAUUUGCUAGGCUGGAAUAUUUAAACUUUGGUAGCAACAACUUUGAAGGAAACAUCCCAUCAUGGUUUGGUUACUUCACUAAGCUUCGAAGCUUGUUUCUGUAUGGCAACAACUUCACUGGCCAUCUGCAAUCGGGAAAUUUGAUAACCUUUCGAAAUUGCAAGAACUCAACUUGAGUGGGAAUCGGAUUUCUGGUAGAAUUCCAACUGAUUUAUUCAAGUGCAAAGAGUUGAUGUAUUUGUCAUUGUAUAACAACUCUUUGAAUGGAAUUAUACCUAUAGAAAUCGGAAAUUUGACUAUACUACACUCUUGUCUUGGUUACAACAACCUCACGGGUCCAUUCCUUCCUCAAUCUUCAACAUUUCUGCAUUGCAAGAAAUUGUAUUGGGAAACAACAAUCUCUUUGGUCAUCUCUCAUCCAAACAUUGAUUACCUUCCUCGGUUACUUCAUCUUAAUUUGGUUGGAAUUCAACUUUCUGGAAAAAUUCCAUCAAGUUUAUUCAAAUGCAAAAGUUUAGAACACUUGGAGUUGUACGACAAUCAUUUGGAGGCAGAGACUGUACCUUUAGAAAUCACAAAUUUAACUUCACUUGUGUAUUUCUCCAUCCCGAAGACCAACAUCUCCGGUGAAAUUCCAUCGUUUAUUGGAAAUAUGACUUCUCUCGAAUACAUUGAUCUUUCUUAUAACAACUUAAGGGGUGAAAUUUCUUCGAAUAUCGGAAACUUGCCUUUCCUCCGAGAUUUUUUUGUUUUAGAAAAUAAAUUAUCAGGGCAAAUUCCAAAUCUUCAACCUUCAUUGCAAGGGUAUGGUGUUGCAGAUAAUUACUUAGUUGGAGAAAUCCCUUACUCAAUUUGCAAUCUGAGUUCCCCUGAUUCUCUCUAUUUAUCGGAAAAUAGAUUGGAUGGAAAAAUCCCAGAGUGCCUUGGGAACUUGACUUCUUCUCUUUCACUCGUUGAGCUUCAAAACAAUAAUUUUCAUGGUGAAAUACCAAAAAGUUUUGCUCAAGGUUGCACGUUACAAAGUUUUCGGAUCAACAACAACCAAAUAGAAGGGUCACUACCACAGUCUUUGAGUAAUUGCAAAGAGUUGAAGGUUCUUGAUGUUGGGAACAACUAUUUAAAUGAUUCUUUCCCAUACUGGUUAGUAAAUUUGGAUAAGCUGCAAGUUCUUAUCUUAAGAUCGAACCGAUUUUACGGUCGAGUUGAUAACUCAGAUGUUGCAGUUUCCUUCGGUCGUUGCGUGUCAUCGAUCUUCUUAUAAUAACUUCAGUGGUUAUUUACCUGCAAAAUUUUUGAAAAAUUUACACGCCAUUAGAGAAGGGAACGAAAAGAAAGCUGAACCUGAGUACCUGAACUACUCAUUGGAUGAUGGAUCGAUCUACUAUGUGCACGAAUUAUAUUUUACUUCAAAGGGUUUGGAAAGAGAGUUUCACUCACUAGUGACCAAUUGGAUGGCAAUAGACUUUUCAAAUAAUCGAUUCUUCGGAGAAAUUCCUGAAACACUUGGAGAGCUUCAUUCACUUAUUGUCCUAAACCUCUCUCAUAAACUGUUUAACAGGUCCUAUCCCAUCUUCAUUAGGUGACCUCUCAGAACUCGAAUCAUUAGAUCUUUCAUCAAACAAGCUGCAUGGAAGAAUUCCACCAGAGUUGAAAAAUCUUGGAUUUUUAGCAGUGUUGAACCUUUCUCGAAAUGAUCUUGUUGGACCUAUUCCUCAAGGAAAACAAUUUGAUACUUUCACUAAUGAUUCCUACUUGGGGAACUGGGGUUUAUGCGGGUUACCACUAUCAAAAAGCUGUGAUAAUGACGAGGAAUCUCCGACAACAAUCGAUCCAGAAGAUGAUGGUGAUGAUGGUGAAUUGAAUUGGAAAUUUUCUAUAUUGAUGGGUUAUGGAAGUGGAUUGGUGUUUGGACUGAGCAUGGGAUACAUCGUAUUCACGACCGGAAAACCACGGUGGCUCGUUAAGAUCAUAGAGAGA